AAAGGGAGUAUAGGAGACUUGCGAGUCCAUUUGGGGACCUGUCAAAUAUUUGACCUGGGCGUCACAACUUUGACUGCAACGGCCACCAUCGCGCUCAUCCCCUACUGUUGCCCUUUAAAUGGCGUCCUCUCUCUUCUCUGGACUCUGCUUUGGCGACAUUAGCCCAUCACAGGAAUCUUCGUCAAGUAUGCAAGCCGCAACGUUGCCGGACACUCCGAAUAACUAUGUUACGCCGGGAUGUGGCGACCGUGUCGUGGCUGUCGUGGAGUGCGACGUAACCCCACCUGCGGUUCAAGACAAUAUAUCUUGCUCUCCUUCGGACACCAACUAUUCUGGUGGUUUCGACUCUUCCGGAUAUGACCUGGAUGGCGAUACUUUACCGACAGAUCCUAAAGACGAAUACGAAUAUCUUCCUCCUGAUACUGCUUCUUUCCCUCAGAAUGCUUGCAUCCCUGCUAUUGUUUCUACUGAUACCGAACUCAUCGAACACAGCCAAGGCGCAUAUAAUCAACUUUACGAUCCUGCUCUCAAUGGUGAACCUCUGGCAGUACUUUCUACAAGCGAUAUACCGAACCUCAAUACGCUGGAUCCAGUCAUGAAUAACGAACAGAUACAGCCAGACACCUAUCCUGACAACUUAUCUGCGCCACUACAGGAGGAUUCUCUGCAGUCUAAUUACGUUGGACGUCAAUGUAGCCCUGAUCGAGAACUCGUUGCAGAGUCUACCCAGAAUGCUUCCCAAAACUCUCGCUAUAACUUUCACUCCGCUGAUGAACCUGGACUUGAUAUAGCUCAUGACGACUCAAACUCGCUCACCUCAAGUUCAAUCCUCCCCGAGAGAGCUGACUGCGACGUAGAUCUCAUCCAAUUUUCUCCGGCCGAUGAAGCUCUUUAUUCGUCUCCACCAUGCUCCAGUCCAAAUAAAAUCUUUUCAUCUUCACCGCCUCUAUCCUCUCAGUCUUCCGCAAUUACUGAACCUUAUCCUGAUGAAUCAGAAGCGAAUAAACGGACAAUCGACUAUGACUACGAUGAUCAGUCCCAACUCAUUUCUUUGAAUUCCAGUGAGCGGCCAUGGGAUGAAGUAAACACUAUUGAAUUGGAUGCAUCCGACGUGUUGCCUCCUUCGUCGUCUCCGGUUCCUCUUGUGUCUUCUCCUUUUCCGUCCUCAAGUCCUUUGCAGACUGUUCAAGAGGAUACUAAGCCCUCUGUCGAAAAACCUGACACUUACCUUCUGGGUGACCAAUUUUCCCAUACUUCCUCGGAGACUGAGAUCAAGGAUAGUCCGCCUUCUCAGGGUACUUCCACUUCUCAUGCGACAGCCGAAGUAACUCAAGAGUUGGAUGCGGUCCCAGAAUUCCCAACGCAAGAAACACAUGUUCUUGAUGACAUCGCACCCGCACCUCAGCUGCCGGAGGCUCCGUCUCAUGUGAAGAGCCAUGCUACCCUAGCGCCAGGUCCGAAGAGACCAACAGUCAUGUCGCAUUUACAACAACGCAAGAAGUUUUCAACACCCUUCCGCUCUCCGUUGAUCAAAAAGGAGAACGAUCAUCCCGUUAGCCCUCUUCCUGCUGUUACUAAGCCUUCUUUCUCCGCAGUCAAGACGAUCGUGCGCUCCGAAGUCAAGUCAGUCGAACAUGUACUGAACGAUCCGAAGAAGAAGCAUCGAACUGUUCGCGCAGCUGCUCAGUUCAAGUCUCCGCUCUCGGCCGCAGCUUCUUCAAACGUCAUACCGUCAGUUCGGAUGACCCCGACCAUCCAAUCGCUCGAACGUCAAGUACAGAUUCUCAGGAGGGCCGUGAAGGUUAAGAAGGACGGGGAGGAGGAACUGUUGGAGUCAUUGGCCAAACGAUGGACAGAGGCCGCGAGAGAGGUCGCUUGGGAACUCUGGGACUUGGUGAAGGAUAAUGGAACAAACGAAGCUGGUGGCUGGGGCAAUACUUGGGACAGACCGAAAACAAAACGAGGGUUUGAAGACAGCUGGGGAUGGGAAGACAAGGGGGAUCAGAAGCGACUCAAGACUGAAAAUAGCUGGGGAUGGGACGAGCCCCAAAAGAAAGAGGGUGAAGAAGACGAAGACCAGAUGCAAGGUGUAGAGUCGCAUGGCGAGGAUGGGGAUACAGGAGGCGAGGAGGAGGGCAAGCCCGAGAAUACUGUGGGUUUGAUGCUCAGGCAAUUUGGGAUCGCUCCUGACACGCUUGGCUGGAACGAGGAAGAUGGGAUGUUUGCUGAAAGUUUAUUGAGGUAGAUUAUUUGCUCUAUUUCUGAUCCGUGAAUACUGCUUUGCUUCGUCUAUCACGCGUUUUGUAGCUUUAUGAAUCCUUAUGUGUGAUUUUCACCAAAUCAAUUGCAUAAGUAAAUCUUUUGCG